UACUUUCACUAUAUAUAAACAAUGUAUCAUGAGUCUGUAUUUACUAUCUUCUCGUCUUUCGCACUUUUUCUCUAUUCUCGAAGGAAGAACUAGAAAUCGUCUUCUCGUGCUCUUCAUUUUCUUCAACAGAUCUGCAGAUUAGCGCCGUAAUAGAGGUUUCAUGUUGUGAAGACAGUGAAGUUUCGAGUGUGGUUAAAAGUCUUUGGUGGAGCUCCAGAAAAGCAUGGUUAUACCCAGUGAAGAUGUGCUGCUAAUAUGACGGGCAGAUGUAUGGAAAUUCUCGUUUAAACCAUGGCCUAAAUUAGUUCGUAGCAGCAGACUUCCUCUUCUCCUAGGGCGCCAUUUUGAGAAAUGAAUUUUUAUUUUUUAUUUUUCAUGUUUACUGCAGCCUGGACUGUAAAUUUGAUGGUUGAUAAUCAUUGAACGGGGAGAAGUAUUAUGGACGUUGAAAGUUUCCACGGGAAGAGUGAAUGCAAAUAAGAAGUAUCUUAUUACCUCUUCAUGAGAAAAGCAAUGAUUUGGUAUUCCUUUCUCGUUCAUAUACCCAAAAUCCACAAACCAAUCUUCCAAAUUUCACUCCUUUCCUCAAUUAGCCUCCAAAGACUAAAUUUUUCAUUACCUUCCCGUCAAUUUUCUUUCUCCAGAUCAUUCCAAAACCCAGAUAAUCUUGAUAAAAAUCCAAAUAUUUUUAGCCGCAAAGACUGGUUAAGCCCAUCUGAAGUCAUCAAAAUUUUUGAAAGCCUCAGAGACCCAAAUUUAACACAGCCUCUCUUUAAGCAAAUUUCAGACCGCAAAGACUACACACCAAAUGAAGCCCUUUAUAUGGCUGUCAUCAACAAGCUGGCACUUGCCAAUGAUUUUGAUGGGAUUGAAACCCUCAUGCAAAGAAUCAAGCUUGAGAGGAAAUGCAGGCUUUCUGAUGAAUUUUUCCGCAAUGUUAUCAAGAUUUAUGGGCAUUCGGCUGGGAGAAUAAACAGGGCCAUUGAAACCCUCUUCGAUAUGCCUAAUUACAAAAGCUGGCCAAGUGUGAAAACCUUUAACUUUGUGUUGAAUUUGCUAGUCUCAACCAAGCAAUUUGAUGUUGUGCAUGACGUUUACAUGGGAGCUUCGAAGUUGGGUGUAGAGAUUGACGCUUGUUGUUUGAAUAUCAUCAUUAAAGGGUUGUGUGGGUGUGGGCAGAUGGAAGCUGCUUUCUCUGUGCUUGAUGAAUUUCCUAAGCAAAAAUGCAAGCCUAAUGUGCGUACCUUUUCGAUUAUGAUGCAUGGGCUUUGUGAGCGUGGUCUUGUUGAUGAAGCCUUUAAUUUGUUGGAAAGGAUGGAAAUGGAGGGUGUGGAGCCAGAUGCAAUAGUGUUUAACAUCUUGAUUUUGGGGCUCAGGAAACGAGGGAGAGUUGAAGAGGGGAUUAAGCUUUUCGACAGGAUGAUGCUAAAAGGGUGUGAUCCAAAUUCGGGGACUUAUCAAGAGGUUUUGUAUUGUUUGCUUGAUGCGAAGAGGUUUGUUGAAGCAAAGGAUUUUAUGAGGAAGAUGAGUGACAGAGGGUUGAUAUCGAGCUUCGAGUCUUAUAAGUUGGCGAUACAUGGUUUUUGUAGUGAGAAUCUUGUGGAAGAUUUAGAUUGGGUGUUGAGGCAAAUGGUAAGGCAUGGAUUUGUGCCAAAAAUGGGAAUAUGGAAGCGAGCUCUUCAUUGUGUUUUCUUGAAUAGUCAUAUGAUUAAUCUUGAUCAUAUUUAUUACGAAGAAAUCAUAAAAAAUUAAUCAUAUAAGAACCCAAAGAUCAUCACAUUGUUUAACUACUGCUCUUUGUCCUACCAAAGUAGUUGACAGAUCUGUGUCUAGACUCUGGAUAGGGAGUGACUUCCAUUUCUCUAGUUCAUAUUGAAACAACUGAGAGGAGAUGAGUCCAUUCAAUGAGUGAGGGUGAGAUCUCAAUGCAACUUUUGACAAGCACAGAUUCAAAUUUAUUUAUACUGUCUGAUGUAGUGUGUCCAUUGCUUGCACCUUCUUGCAGGAAACGGAACAGAUUACUGCCUACAAGUCCAGGAAUGAAAGGAACAUAUGAAGAAAAUGAUGAUUAUUCAGUUUAUCCAGCAGAUCUUAGGAUGUUUUCAAGAAUUGGCAUAGAAACGUAAAGCCAUGUAACUGUUUUUUUACCCCUAGUGUAAGAAUAUAGGUGGAGAUCUUCCUCGUAGAUUUAAAUGAAGGAAAUGUACUAGGCAACUGGGUGGCAACGAUUCAAUAUUUCUUUUUCCGUUUUACGAUUCAGAUUGGAGAUGACUCUGGGUUUGGGGUUGGGAUGGGGGGUUGUUUCUUUUCUUCAUGAAGUGCCUAAACAGUUCCCAACAUUUAGAUCGUUUGGCUAAUCGCGUGUUCAACCUUCAAAUUUCAAAUACGGACUUUUGAGUCCCUAAUGUUUAGUAUUGUGAUUCUCUCUUGUAGUGGGAACAGAACGUUGACCAAAGAACUGGCUGAUGUUCAUCAACAUAGUUAGUACUUUGUACCAACUUGUGUAAUACCGUGGAAACUUCGUCAAUUACUGGUUAAGUGACUCAUUUACGAA